CCGACUUUAGUCUCUUGCGGUUGGUUGUCGGUUGCGGACCUCUCUCUCCCCUUUUCGUCUCAGAUAUAACACAACAACAGCUAACGAAUUUCCUCAUCAUUCUUACUAAGGCUUGUAAAACAACCAAAGUUGGACUAGUUGAAACUUUUUGAUCCAGCGUCGACCUCUCUUCCCAUUAUUACUGCCUGUCGGUGGGGGGUGAACACUGAACAACCCUCUCUCCAUAUCGCCACUCGGGAUUAUUUUCAUUCAAAAAGACACAAGGAAAUUGACCAAACAAACGAGGGAGCAACCGAAUACAAACCACCCCCCCCAAACAAAUAAUCAAGAUCGGUGCUGCACAACUCAAUCGGACAAUGGCGCUCGUCGACAAUUUCCCUGGAAACCAUCAACACGGAAGUUCCCGACUCAUGAUGAUCCAGGCUCGUUUCCAGCAGCGCCAGCAGGAGGAAAAAGAGCACAAGCUGUUCGCCAUGUUGGAAGAGCAGCACGACGCGGCCGCGGGAGAUGGGGGCGGCGGUCUCGGCUUGAUACCGGCCACUCGGACGCACAGCAAUGGCAGCAGCAACAGUCAGCAUAACAGUGCCAGCAGCACUGCCUCUCUGUCAUCCUCUAUGGGUUCUUCGCUCGCCUCCUCGCUAGGAUCUACCGGCAGUGGAAUGGCUGUACCAGGAGGUGGAAAGGUGCGGCAGAUGUUCGAAGACCGACGCAAUCAAAUUAACGGCCGGCCGCCCGUCUAUUCCAAGAAUGCCGAGAACCGCAAAAACAUACCUGUGACCACAAGGGGAUGGGACAGAUCGCAUCCACUGGAUCCUCUGCCUUCUAAUAACUCGCACGACAGGAAUCUCAAGGUUCCUACCGGUCAUAGCCAGCAGCAGCAACGCAGCCGGGCACGUGGUGUUAGUCUGGAGCGUGGAGCUCACGCUUUCGGCGAUGGCCCUUCUGAUAGCAUCCGCCGGAGUAAGAGCCAAUACCAAGUGGACGACGUCCCAGGUGGGAUGAUCCGCAGUCCUAAUAAACGACCCACGCCGUCCGAUGGCCAGCAGUUGCUGAACGUCUCGGCCACUUUGAAACCCAAGAGCAUGACGUCUUUGUUGGACGACAAUCAGAACAACGUCAACAACCAUUCAACCAGCAACAAGACGAUUCCGAGAUUCGGAUACAAUCAGUCGCCCGUGCGAAACCCUUCCCAGCGCUACCAGCAGCAAAAUUACCGAGAAGAUGUCGUGGAUGGCGGAAAUUCAGGAAGAACAGUUGGCCAGCAGUAUCGAGGUAGAAGCCAGACCAACGAUGAAUAUCAAACAGCUGAUCGGACGGAUGAAUCCUCGAGGCAAGCCGCCAGUCUGGCAGCGGCCGCGGUGGCCGCUGCUGCCGAAACGACCCGUCGUCUAGAGCGCGAAAAAGCGCAGAUUCAAGCGGAAGCCAAACGACGCGAAGAGGAGCUCAUGAACACUAUCAGACAACAACAACAACAACUCCAACGACUUCAGCAAGCUGCUUUGCUGGCUGAACAAAAAGCUAAAGCAGCAGCGGCGGCAACAGCAACAAAUUCACGGCCAACAAGGACCUCUUACCGACCACCGGAUGAGAGUGAUGAUUCGAAAUCAAGCGUUUCGGAUGACGCUGUCAUUUCUCCGCCUAGUUCCAGAGGCUGGAAUCCAACGUCCACUGCCAAAAAAUCCACGGUAAAUCGUAACCAUGAAAUGAGUCCCCCACCGUCAGCACCGAAACCGAAAUUGGCACCGAAACCGGUGCUGGAAUCACCAACGCCAACCAAGAGCACUACAACUACAAUGCCUCGCAAAUCGAUUUUUGCGACCGGGCCGUCAGCCGGUGGUAAAGACGGCCUGGUAUCGUGUUCAUUGUGCGGCCGCAAUUUCGCUUCGGACCGAAUAGAGAAACACGAAGGCAUUUGCGCCAAAACCAAGUCCAAGAAGCGCAAGGUCUUCGACAUCACCAAGAUGAGGGUCAAAGGCACAGAAGCCGAGAGCUUCGUCCUGGCUCCACCUGGUCGCAAUAACCAACAGAAUACGCACACGACUAAUAACAAGAAGCCAAUUAGUGUUGGUCAGCACAUUUUGCAACAGCAACAGCAGGCGACAAAGAGUGCUAUUGCUCCGAGUGCCAAGGCAUUGGAGGAUGGCAAGAAAGCCGAUUGGCGCAAAAAGCACGAAUCUUUCAUCGAAGCUAUACGAGCUGCCAAAGCCAUGCAGAAGCAUCUCAAGGCAGGAGGGAAGGUGUCGGAUCUGCCUCCUCCACCGCCGUCUGAUACAAGUGACUACAUUACAUGUCCGUAUUGCCAGAGACGUUUCGCACCAGGAGCGGCGGACAGGCACAUUCCAAAAUGUUCGACCAUUUUAUCCAACAAAAAAACUGUCCGAAAGUAAAACGAUUUUGGGAGUUAGAAAGUGAAGGAGCCACUGAUUAGACGGGACUAACCGCAACGGCAGUCUAGCAAAAAAAAACAAAAAAAAAGUUAAGUAAAAGCAACAAACCAUUAUGUAGCUGUAUGUAUGCGGUAUGCUUUGCCUAGCUACGGAUUUUCUGCAAGGAACGUAUACUACAAUAUUCUCUACUAUUUCAUGAAAGCGUCGAUCGCACUAAAAUACAGGAUACAGCCAGCUCCUUCAAAAUAUGACUAACAAUUUAUUUUUAUUUCAAAAUUAAUGGAUACGAAAUACACUAAGGGCCGUUACACAA